AUAUCGAAACUGAUUGUAUAUAAAGACAGACAAGGGUUCAGACAUUUCUUAAUAUUUUAAGUCUCUUCUAAUAAAUUAAUGUAAAAUCAAGCAAAUGUAAAAUGAUCUUCGAAAUACUUAACAUAUUGUGGAUACCUUUUGCUGGAUUCAUAUCAUUUCUGAUAUUCAUAUCAGCAAUCAACAAAUCCAUCGGCGUCCGGAGGGCAUAUGUGAAUCUUCUUUUAAGGAUAUUUGAGUAUGGUCGCGUAAGCAUAGAGACAGCAUCCAAAGAACAUCAACAAAAUAAUUUUAAGACUGACGAUAAGCAUUCAGAGGAGUUCGUCGAUAAUGCCGAUUCCAAGGAAAGUACAAAUGGAACAACAUUAAUUACCAGAGAUGCCGUGCUGCUUCCACAACCGCAAGAGCCUGCUCCAGAGAAGCCAGUGUCCUCAAAAAAGGAAGAAAUUGUCUUUGAUUUUGAAAAAUGUCUGGACUAUCUGAAGUCGGGAGUGGAGUCCAUAAUUGAAGAUGAUGUAACGUCCCGUUUCGAGGCGGAGGAGCUGAAGAGCUGGAACAUGCUCACACGCACCAACAGGCACCACGAAUUCAUAUCCUGGAAGAUAACGCUCAUUUGGAUGGUUGGAUUUUUAAUCCGAUAUGUAUUUUUGAUGCCAUUGCGUGUACUAGUUUGCUUUGUUGGUGUUUUAUUUGCAGUUUUAACAAACUCUAUUGUGGCUUUAAUACCCAAUCGAUUUUUGCGGCUCCUCUUAGCGGACUUAUCGUUUAAGAUUACGUUCCGUCUUAUAGCAAGUUCUCUGUCAUCCCUUAUUAAGUUUCAUAAUAAACAAUACAGGCCCACCAGAUCCGGGUUUUGUGUAGCAAAUCAUACCUCUCCAUUGGACGUGGCAAUAUUAUCGACAGACCGUACCUUUUCUUUGGUAGUAUGGCUUACAGUGUGUACGGCCGCUGUGGGCUAUCUGAAGGACGGGCAAACCAAGCGCGCUAUCGUGAAUCUAGUACUGGGGACAUGCUUUGGUGUCUUGUCCAGUGCUAUUUCUGCGGUUAUAACAUACCAUAAUGAGGAGAAUCGCCCAUUGUCUGGCAUAUGCGUCGCAAAUCAUACCAGCCCCAUCGAUGUGCUGGUGCUGAUGUGUGACUCGACCUAUUCCCUGAUUGGCCAACGUCAUGGUGGUUUUCUUGGCGUCCUGCAAAGAGCUCUGGCCAGAGCAUCGCCCCACAUUUGGUUUGAGAGAGGCGAGGCAAAGGAUCGCCACUUGGUCGCCGAGAGGCUAAAGCAGCAUGUUUCGGACCCAAACAAUCCACCAAUUCUUAUAUUCCCCGAGGGCACAUGCAUCAACAACACGUCCGUAAUGCAAUUUAAAAAGGGAAGCUUUGAAGUCGGCGGAGUCAUAUACCCGGUGGCCAUAAAGUACGAUCCACGAUUUGGCGAUGCAUUCUGGAACAGCGCAAAGUAUUCGAUGAUGCAGUAUCUCUACAUGAUGAUGACAUCAUGGGCCAUUGUCUGCGAUGUCUGGUACCUCCCGCCAAUGUACAGACAGGACGGAGAGUCGGCGAUUGAUUUCGCGAACCGUGUCAAGGGUGUGAUUGCUAAGCAAGGAGGCCUAAUUGAUCUGGUCUGGGACGGACAAUUGAAGAGGAUGAAACCAAAAAAAGAGUGGAAGGAAAUUCAGCAGGUUGAAUUUGCGAAUCGGUUGAAGGCGGAAUGAUAAUAAUUUUAAUGAAAAUACAUACUUCUACAGUGACUGUAAUUUACAUACAUAUACAUAUGUAUACAUACAUAAUACGUAUGUACAUAAAUAAUUUUUUUUCUAAUUUGUAAUAUGUAUAAAUUACGAUUAAUUAUUGCAUGGUUUAAAUAAAAGAUGAAGUCAAAUGUAAAUAGCUAUUCGAACGAGUAUAUUAACUGAUUAAAUUAUAUUUGAUAUACUGGUAA